AAUGUCAAAUGGGUCAUUACUCAUUAUCAAAAAAGUGAGAUUUAGAACUCUCAACUCAGUCCAAUCGCACAGAUUCAUAGUUCAGAGUUUUGGGUUUCUGGUAAAUCAUCUUAAAUUCCUUCCCUUUGUCUUCCUCUUCUUCUCACUCCAAACCUAGAUCUACAGCACACUUCCAUACAUUUUCAUCAUCUUCCUUCACAACUUCUUUCUUACAAAAAAAAUCCAGUUUUCAUUUCAUUACAACAUUUCCACAAAUUUCAUCUGUUGUAAACUAACAAAAACAACAAAAAAAAUGUAUGAACCACUUAAUCAACCUUCAUACACCAAUAUAUCUUACUUAUCUACUCAAUCUUUCCCCCCUACAAUUCCUAACCCACCCCAUAAUUUCCAUUCUCUCUCCUCUGACCAUUCAUUAUCUCACCCUCCUCCUCCUUUCAAUUCUCUCUCCUCUGUUCCAUCCUUCUCUCAUCCUCUUACCUUCAACCCAUAUAUUGAUUCUGGGCAUUACCCAUCUAAUUACGCCGGGUUUGGGGCCCCACCUGUGAAUUAUUCGGGUACUAAUAAUGAUGUUACUCCCAGUUGGGUCGUCAAACAAGCAGCUCCUAUUAAGUAUUCUCCUGCUAUCCACCCGUUGAGGCAGGAAGCCACUGCUUCAACAAGUUAUGCCGCCCCAAUGAACCACAAGCCGGUAAGUCGACAAUUGGUUACAAAUGUACCUAAGAAAAAACUAAAGCGACCCAGGGCUUUUCCAAACAAAUCGUCUGUGAGCCAAAAUGUGCGAUGUGAGGUUUGUAAGGUUGAGUGCAGCAGCGUUGAUGUUUAUGCGAAGCACUUAUCUGGGAAGAAGCAUGGCAAAGGUCUCCUGAAACUUUAUGCUCCAGGUUUACAAUCUGCAGCUACGCCUAUGCAAGCAUCUCAGUCUGCAAAUAGUAGUGGUAAAAUAGUUACUCCUGAUGGACAAGGUGUCCCAAGACCAAAUCAGUCUGCUAAUUUGGAAGUAAAGAAGCAGAAGCUUUUGGAAGGUGGUGCCGCAGCUCAAUCUAUGAGGACUUGUGCAAUAUGCAAUGUGGCCUGUAAUGGGGAAAUAGCAUUUGCUGAUCAUGUAGUUGGAAAGAAGCAUGUUGCAAAGGAACGUGCUCGUAGUGUGAAUUCAAAUCCUGUUUCAGUGGGUAUGUCGGAGACCAAGGCGCAACAGACUCCAACCAAGAAAAAGAAAAGUGGGGAAUCUGCUCCAGUGUGGUGUGUUGUUUGCAAAAUCAGCUGUACAAGCAGUGAUGGUCUGAAGAUUCACCUAGCAGGAAAGAAGCACCAAAAGAAUGUGCAGAAGCUCCAAACCUCGAACUCUAGCACCAUUACUACCCCUGCCUCAAUUUCUGCUCCACUACCCUCAACUGCUGCUCCACUACCCUCGACAAAUCCGUCCACCGGAGUUGAAGGAAACACAGCUGCCACCAAAAUAUCUUUGCCUGAACCGCAGAAGGCGAAGAAAAAAGGUCCGGCUAAGGAGCCAAAGGAUGUGGAGACGAAGAAACGGAAUAUUCUGGAAUCUGGGGCUGCUGCUGAUGCUGUGAGAACGUGUACUAUAUGUAAUGUGGUUUGUAACAGCGAGACGGUCUUCAAUUCUCAUUGUGCUGGCCAACAGGCUGAAGCUGCAAGCAGCGGUCUCCACAGCUAG